GGAGCAUCUCUCUGACAGCUGAACUAUUCUUCCUCUACUCUUAUAACACUCCAGUUUUAUAUUUAUUGCCAAUUGGAUUUUUGCUCCUUGCCCUCUAUACUUCAUACGGUCCCCAUAGCAAUGUUGCAGAGUCAAUAAAAGCAGAGAAGAAGAAUGUCCGCCGACGAGCAUCCCGCCGCCGCUUCCGCGCAUACGACGCCGAAUAAUCUUGAAGACUUGAGCCCGGAUUGGUCUCUGGCAGUGGGAAAUAAUGUUAUCUUGGCUCUGCAGUCUGACUCGCUCUUUAUCAAUGAUCCAAAGACCAAGAAGGACAUUCGAUACUGCGGGUUACAGGUAGUCGCGUCCACGGCAUCUCAAACAAUCCCCUUCUACGACAUUCUCUCCGCGCAAAUCUCCGAUUCGGCCCUUAUCCUCAAAUACGCAAAACCCGUCGUGAAAGAUGACUAUACCCCAAGCACCCUGACCUACGCACUCGACGGGCAGACACCAACCGCCAAAGCAGAGAUAUGGGUUGAACAAUUACUCAAAUUAGCAUACGGCGAAGCUCAGCGGAAUAAACGAUUACGGGUUUUGAUCAACCCCUAUGGUGGGAAAGGGUACGCCAAGGAGUUAUAUAAUGAAUAUGCGGCCCCGAUGUUUGAAGCCGCGGGUUGUAAAGUCGAUUUGGACAUGACGAAGUAUUCCGGACAUGCCACGGAUAUUGCUGAGAAAUUGGAUCUUGACGCUUACGAUGCGAUUCUUUGCUGUUCGGGAGAUGGUCUCCCGUAUGAAGUGUUGAACGGAUUCGCAAAGCGACCCAAUGCCACUGAGGCCCUUGCAAAAGUCGCUGUUGCCAUGAUACCCUGCGGAUCCGGAAACGCCAUGGCGUGGAACCUCUUUGGAACAAAUAGCGUCAGUUUGUCGGCUUUGGCUGUCAUCAAGGGUCUGCGCACACCUUUGGAUUUGGUCUCCAUUACUCAAACGGGUAGUCGGAGUUUGUCGUUCUUAUCUCAAUCAUACGGAAUUGUAGCAGAGUCGGACUUGGGUACGGAUCAUUUGCGGUGGAUGGGCGCCGCGCGCUUUACUUAUGGAUUUUUGACUCGACUCCUGCGUCAAGCUACAUAUCCGUGCGACUUUGCUUUUAAACUCGAGACAGAUGACAAACAAGAAAUGAAGCAACGAUAUCUCGAAUACAAGAAACAGAAACGAGCCUUGCGACCAAUCGGCGGCGGUGACGAGGUUAUUGGCAAGGGCUUACCGCCCCUCAAAUACGGCACCGUCGACGACGAAGUACCAAGUGACUGGCAAACUAUUUCCACAGAUACACUGGGCAACUUCUACGCCGGCAACAUGGCCAUCAUGACCGCCGAGGCAAACUUCUUCCCAGCCACCGUCCCCAACGACGGAUUAAUCGAUGUCGUCACGAUCGACGGCGCAAUCGGUCGUCUCAGAGCAUUAUCCAUGAUGACCGCAGUCGAGAACGGCGGGUUCUUCAAUUACCCCGAAGUUGAAGUUCGGAAGGUUGAUGGUUACCGACUCAUUCCUCGGGAUAGGAAAGAUGGGUAUAUAAGUGUGGAUGGUGAACGGAUUCCAUUCCAACCUUUUCAGGUAGAGGUUCAUCCGGGUUUGGGUACGGUGCUGUCUAAAAGUGGUCAUUUGUAUGAAGCUCAGGGGCCUAAGUGAAUCGAACGUUCUUAAAUGGAAUUGGCUUUGUUCCUUGCUUUUCGUUCUUGUUUCGCGUAUGAUAUCCUGUAUAGCUUCAUUCUUGUAUAGUAUAGAGUACAUAGGUAUAUGCAUAGUCAGGUUGCUGGACUCAGUCUUACGACAUGAUGCUUUCCCAGAACUUGAAAGAAAGGAACGCAGUAUUACGUAGUAGGCAUCUUGUCUAGUUUAAAUAUACGGGAUUUGCUUAUU